GUACAGUUCUUCCUCAUGUUGCUGCUCCCUCUGUGUCCUGCAGGUGGUGCUGAGGAGUCAGUAGUUUGGGAGGAGAAUGUACCUGACCUGGCUGCCCUCAAAUUUCUCCAUACUGUACCAGAACCACGCAGAGGAAAGCCAAUACUUGAAAUUAGGACUCCAGUUUCAGAGCCUGUUGCGAUUGCUGCAUCUCCUGCAGUCUCCUCUGGACCAGCACUAAAGCCCAGACCUCCUCCGUCCGGCCCGGCUACUCUACAGGGGCUCAGAGACGAGAUCCACGACAUGAGAGGAGAACUGGAGCUGCUGAAGAAUCAGCACAAGAGAGAGAUUACACUGAUGAUGAACGAACUGGACGAGGAGAAGAAAAUGCGCCUAUCGCUGCAGGUUGAAGUUGAUCGUCUUAAGAAACACAUGUCCAAGUGAUCUAAAUCAAACCAAAAUGGACAGAACAGAUCUCACUGUGACUCAGAGGAGAUACGCUGACCCUGGAUUUACCUCUGAGCUGAACCUGAAUCAAAGAUCCACUGUGUUUAAGGCUUUCAGAAACACUGGAUGGUUCAGGAGUGACAUUGAGCUGCAAACCUGCCUGUGACAGACUGUGGUAGACUGUAAUAAACUGUUCUGAAAUUAAAUAUGUUCAGUAUAAAAUACAACAUAUUAUUAUUGACAUGUAUUCACACCUGGCAUUAACAUGAAGCCUGGGUAAUCUGAUCACAAAUGAUUGCCACUGGAGGCGGGAUUGGAGCCAUGGCCAAUUACAGUAAGAGUGUUAUAGUUUUCUUUGAAAAGAGUUCUCAUCCCAAUCCAGGUGAGGCAGUUUUGCUGUUGGGGAUGUAUUGUGUGCUUUGGCAUUCACACCAUAAUAUUUAUAAGGAUAUGUGCAUCUCUGAUCACCUUUAACAUGUUAAUACUAGGUGUGAAUGGGGUCUAACACUUAUAAGAGUCUCAAGUCUCUUUAUCUUUAUAUGAAGAUUGAGCCAUUGUUCAAGUCUGUAACUCUGUGUUUUAAUCUUUUCCUGGUUUUAGUGUAUGGAUCAACCCUUUUGUCUGUUUGCAUAUCUGUGUUUUGGCCUAUUCCUGGACUCAUUUGAUAAAAGCUAAAGUAAUUCAAUUACAUACAAAACUAAAUGUUCAUCAUAGAUUUGUCAAAUUAAUCCAGUCUGGAGAUCUAAUUUGCUUUUGCCAGAUUUAUUCAGAGAACAAUCAAGCCAAAAACAGUUUUCUCAAUGCAAAAUAAGACAAUUGAAGAAAUAGUAAAAAUGGUAAAAGUUGUGAUUAAAAUUACUGAUAAAUAUAAAAAUAAAAGAAUAGAUACCAUG